AUGGCUGCUACUGCGCUCUUUCUGCCGGGGAGCAGUAUUGAUGCUCCUCUUCCCGAAGGCCAUGUCUCUAAUACUAUCCUCUCUUCGCCACGAUCAUCACAAUCACACGAUGGCCCCCCAGGGGAUGUCUUUGGAGAUGUCCCUGAUGGUCAAUUUAUUAAGCCUUCCGCCUUCACUCCAAGCUCAUCUUUUCGGAACGUAUCAGCCUGUCAUCGAUGUCGAAUGCGAAAACACAGGUGUGAUCAACAAUUGCCAAAGUGUCGAUCCUGCGAAAAAGCCCAGGUUCGAUGUGUCGGCUAUGAUCCGAUCACCAAACAAGAGAUACCUCGCAGUUACGUGUAUUUCUUAGAGAAUAGGGUGGACUAUCUGAAGGAAAUCUUGUUAAAGCACAAGAUCAAUUUCCACUCCGCAAUUCCUUUGAACGACGAUGAAGCAAACUGCAACACUGCCGCAACAUCCAUCUCUACACCAUCCGCAAAGGUUGAAGCAGUGGCUGCAAGUGGAAAAAUCUCCGAUGAAAUACCACUUGAUACAGAAAUGCCUGAGCUUUCCAAUUCCUUGGAUUCUGUGAUUCUCGAUCUUCUUUCCGGUAAAAACACGAAACUAGAAAUCACAAGGAUAAAUGAGCUCGAUCGUCGUGCUGUCAACCAACAAGCUUCGGCUCAACCGUCUUUGUUCCGCUUCGGAUUUGGAAGCAGUGUCAAAGGCUCUAUGGAGCUUCCAGAUCGUGAAAUAGCAGAUAAGCUCGUGGAUGAGUAUUUCAUUCACACUAAUCUCCAUGUGCCCGUGUUAAAUCGACCAGAAUUCGAAAAGGUCCUUGAUCAGAUAUACUAUAGCGAAAGUUCCGGCCACCCAAAAGAUCAACUCUACUUUGUCUUCAUUGUGUUUGCAAUUGGUGCUGCCUCUGUCACGAAGUCUCAUGAAGCUACCCCGGGCCCUGAGCUGCACUUUGGCGCCGGAUCAAGAAAGCGGAAAAGAUCAUCAAUGCAAUUCCAAGCUGCAGAGGAAUACCACGCUUCCGCAAUAACCUGCCUAGGGCACUGCCUUGACUCAUGUGGAAAUUUCAAUCUAUUUGGUGAUUUCGAGGGCCUUCAAGCCCUCAUCCUUCUCUGCAGCUUCGCGCUUUUCAAGUCAACCGCUCCGGGGCUUGGAAACCUUCUCGAUAUCGCCAUACGCUCAGCAAUAGAUCUUCGACUAUACAAUGAGCAGGAUAGCCCUGCCAACAUGCUAAAUCUUGCUUCAAAGUCCUCAUUUGACGAAGCGCAUCGUGAUUGGAUCAAAGAUUUACGGCGACGGCUGUGGUGGUGUGUUUACAGCCUGGAUCGAUUAGUCGCACCAUAUUUAGAAAGGCCGUUUUUUAUUCCGGACGAUGUUAUUACUACUCAAUUUCCGUCUAUACUGGACGACCAAUUCAUCACGCGACGUGGAAUAUUGGCCUCUGUCGAUAACAAAAGCGGGUAUAAGUAUGCCGUUCGGCAUCGCUUUCGGUUCCGGAUUCUUCAAUCCGAGAUACACACCGUUCUCCAAUACCAUCACGCACGUUUGGAAAGGGGUGGGCCAUCGUCAAAUCUCAAUCGGAGAAUGCCAUUAUAUCUCUGUGACUUUUCUUCUUUCAGAUCCUGGCGUCAAGACAUGCAUUCCAGGCUAGAAAGAUGGAGGAAUUGUAUACCCAGUCUGGGGCCUCCCUCAGACAGGUUUCUAAUGGAACUUGACUUUUGGCAAUCAAUAAUUGCCCUAUAUCGUUGGAGUGUCAAGAUACCGGCCGAUUUAGUUCACUCCCCAGUGACAAUCACUCCCAUAAUUCAGCAGCCUUCCAAUGAACCGCCAGAGGAGGUAGACUGGAUUUGUUUCAAAGUUGCUGAGGCAACUUCAAACGCGCUUCAUAUACAUCACAUGAUGCAAAAUCUCGGGUGUAGCACUACGCCUUACAUUAUUACCCACGAGGUUUUCCUUGCAGGUAGCCUGCUUCUCUUCACAGUGUGGAACUCGCAACUAGUUCAACACAAAUUGGUAAUUUGUCAUAUGUCCCAGAAUAUUUACCAAAUUACUAACGGUCCUCAGACAUUGAGAAGCCUUGAUUAUUCAACUCUUGCUGCUAUCUCAGUUCUAGAUAAACUGAAAGAUAAAUGUCACUUUGCGAAAAAGUCAAUGGCCACUCUUAAGUCAAUGGCGACUCUCACAAUGCAAAUGAAGCUAUCAACGGCCGAAUUUGUGACGCCACCAAGCUGUUUCACACACCCUAAUAUUUCCAAGGAAACAUUGCCGAGUUUGCCUACAAACACCCGAAUGCCGGAUUUUGGACAAUUCCAAAAUCAAAUACCUCACGACGCUGAUCCAGCUGGGAAAGCUUCUCUACAA